AUGAAUCUGCAGAGGGCAGCAGGGCGCACGGGGCGCACAGGGCAGCAGGGCAGCAGGGCGCGCGGGGCGCACAGGGCUGCAGGGCGCGCGGGGCGCACAGGGCAGCAGGGCAGCAGGGCGCACGGGGCGCACAGGGCAGCAGGGCGCACGGGGCGCACAGGGCAGCAGGGCGCGCGGGGUGCAGCAGGGCUGGCGGGUUGGCCACACCCGCCACCCCCAUACCCUCCCCCACUGCUGCACCCGCAGCAGAGAGAUGGGGGGGGGGGGGGGGGGGGUGGCGGGGGGGGGCAGGCAGGUGCUGCAGGUCCCCUCCCCCCACUGCCGCAUCCGCACCAGGGGGAUGGCAGAUCCCCUCCCCCCACUGCUGCACCCGCAGCAGGGGGAGGGAGUGGAGAAAAGGGCGGAGAGGAGAGGGGGGGGCUGGUGCUGCAGGUCCCCUCCCCCCACUGCCGCAACCGCAGUAGGGGGAUGGCAAAUCCCCUCCCCCCCACUGCUGUACCCGCAGCAGGGCGCGCGGGGCGCACAGGGCAGCACAGGGAGGCGGCGGCACCGGGUCGCCCCUCCCGUCGCCUGUUGAGGCGACCUGAGGGGAGGGGGGGGGGGGGGGGGCAACGCGCGGCCUCCCAGGGCGCCAGAGCAGGCGGAAGAAGGGGCGACGCGCGCCCUCCCAGGUCGCCCCUCCCGUCGCCUUGCGUGGCGAGCGGGGAGGGGGGGGGCCGCGCGCGCCCCCCCCCCCCCCGGGUCGCCACGUAA